CGUCAUUAGUAAACUUGCAUCAUACUUGAAACUAUUCAAGUUAUAGUCUAGCCAUCCUUUGCGACGGCGUUGCCUCAAUUAUAGAAGGGUGGCUAGUAUUUCCACAAUGACGGGUUCAAUUAAUUUUGAAAUAGGAUAGUAAGGGCAAAAUGUCUCGGAAUUCCGCCCUCUCGCCUUCGGCGCCGCGACGAGCUUCGCAAUGGACGUCACAUCUGCGACAAUUCAGCAGGUCGAGCCUCGACAGGACUUCGGAAGAGUCGCCCAUAUCUCCAGAUAAUGUCUCCGGGAACUCGACCUCGCGAGAUCCUCUGCCACCGAAACGAGCGAACGAACGAAUAUGUAGUGUAACUAUCAAUGACUCCAUCAUUCGCGAUGAAGUCCUUAUCAAUUUCGACUUGUUUGGAGGAACUAUUCAACCUGGCGCCUUAAUGUCUAUCACCCCUAUAAAGUCAGACCAAGAUCGCGCACAAGGUCCUCAAUAUGGCUCCGUGCGACAGGCAUCUUAUAAUCGGGGUUUCGCCAACCUUACUCCUACCGAUGACCUUUCGAGACCUGACACCGAUGCGGGCCGAAGAUACGUUUUUAUCGCUAAGGAUGUAUCGAAGGAGUUCAAGGCUAGGAAUCCGAAUAUAGAAGUAUAUGUCUCGAAGCAGAUCGGUAACGCAUUCAAUAUGAGAAAAGGGACACAGGUGAUACUUGCUCCGGUUGAUCAUCUUACGCCCGCCGUUGAAGCCUCGCACGUCGAGCUCACCUUCAAGGAUAUGUAUAUGUCCCGCGCGGACAUGUGGAGACUUGCUGUCGCCGACUUAACGGAUAGUACAGUAUACAAAGGCCAAGUGGUAUACUUCCUAGGUGCGAUUAAGGCUACCGUAAGUACGGUUUUUGUUGAAGGGCGCAAAACCCGGUCUGCCUACUUCGGCCGCAACACCCGACCCAUCUUUCGGAGCGAGUCCGCUAGAUACGUCCUUUUCAUACAAAUGGCGCGGGAAAUGUGGGACUUUGACUCCGACGGUUCAGGCGAAAUCAUGUUUUCCAAGGUUGUGAACGGCUUCCUACCCGUCCUUUUCAAAAAAUGGGCUCUGCUGCAAGUUAAGCACUUAGUCAGCAUCGUACUUUUCGCCAGGGUCGAGUAUGACACAGGGCUAACAACUGAGUUCGCAAAUUCGGCUCUUCACAAUGACUACUAUACCGGAUACCAAACUUCCGGUGAUAGGCGUCCAUUUAAAGACUUUUACCGUGUUGUCGUGAGCGAGAUGUCUAGCGGAGAGUGGACCAAGAUAUUAAACCAGUUGAAGAUGGAGUUUAACGUCUUCCGCCGAGACAUCAGUCUUCAUCAUCAAGAUGCCAUGAGCAAUGAUAUGGAGAUUCCCGAGGAUCCCUCUGCAAAAAGCACUUCCACUAAUAAGAUUAAAGCACAAUCUUCUUUGGCUAUGUAUGGAAAUUUUCUUGAAGCUAUUAACUUGGCAUCUUCCUUGUACGCCCACGAUUAUGUAGAUCGAGAUCUUUUACGUACCGGAAUAUCCAUAGUGGUCAUCAGCCCGGGCCCAGGAGUUUUCGAAGUCGAAUAUGAAUCCUUGCGACGGACGACGGAAGCCCUCGUCGGCAAUGGAAUUGGCAUCGAUCUAAUCUGUAUUCCGAACAUACCACUGCAUUCCGUUCCUCUGUUUCGUUAUCGGAAUCCACACUUCCUCGAAGCAAACCAAAGGUCACACCCUCGUCAAAUUAGAAGCCGUGACAGCACGCCAAAACAACCUACACCUCUUGCCGGUAGCUAUACUACGCUAAGCGAAUCUGUGUCUCCCACAAAGGUAGGCGAUUCGUCUAGCCGGGUCGAUUCGGGAAGUUCUACCUUGUACGCCGAUGAAUGGGCCUUUGCGGUACCACAGUGGUUGCAUAUUUCCUACUGGACCGGCAAGUCGGAAGAGGCUUUGUCCUUCCAAGGCAUUACUCUGUCUGCCUCAGCUCAAUCCCCAGAUGAUGGCCAAGAUGAAUUUACAAUUCGGUGCAGACUCUACGACCUCCAAAUGAGGAGUGUACUCGAAACCAAUGAAAUUGAGACAACCCCGUUGCAUGCCGAUCCCGCAUAUUCAAGUACUGUUGGCAAUUUUGAAAAUAGGACAAAACUGGUGCGCGGUGACGAUCGUCUAUCGACACAUAUUGGGAAUCUAAAGGUUCCUGAAACGUUAUUCGAUCCAGUAUACGGUUUCCUGAAGUUUAUCCCAGACAAGUUAACGAAGACCGGGGAGACAUUACUCUGGAAACAACUGCAGGCUUAUGACGAAACAAGGGCUCGGCUCCCAGCACAUCGACCUUUACCGUCGACUCAUCCUUAUCGAGAACUUGAGGAGAGCACCGGCAAGCAACUGAUGGAAGAUGUUAAUCUGUUUGGUACUUCAAUAGGGGACAACAAAGAUGCUGGAGCUUCGACUGGAUUAUCGUCGAGUGUUUCAUCAUCGAGUAGGAUACGGCUGGAUGUAUCUGCCUCUACUGUCGUUUCUCGACGCAACUCUACCACCAAGUCCAAGCCCCCAUCAGCGAGACAACCCAAGUUCAUGAGGCAGAUUAGCCUUGGCCAGCGCGGCUUUGGUAUCGCUGCAGCCAAACCAUUUACAGGAGAAGUAAAAACAGAGAAUGUCACCCGAGUUGAUGCUACUGGUCUAGGAUCUAAUACUCCUUCAACCCCAAGGAUGACUCCAAUCACGCCAAUUAAAUCUGCGACAAGGCCAGGUUCUUCGCACUCAGCAAGUAUCAGAAAUAUCCCGUUAAUCACAGCAACUGAUUCGGUGACCGGUCUUACCCAAGCAACACCAAGUAUCCCGAUUCAAAUAAAACCCCCGGUCCAGACUUUAGAUCCUGCUGGUACAUUAAAAUCUGGCCAGGUACCAGCCACGCCUAUUGCUAGAAGCGCGCGGCCCGAUGAUCGAGAUCUCAGAUAUUCCAAUGCUCUCAGAGAAGAAGAUCAAAAGAGGCUAUAUAAUUCAAAGCUGCGAGCCGGGGGUGUACCGGAAUUACCCACCACACUAUCGCCGACCACUGCCAUGGCCCCUUGGUUGGUAGUUCUUAAUCCGUCGAAUCCGAAUGUCAAUAAAGUCGAUGACUCGAUCUUGUUUAGUCGAUGGCAACAUGUCUUUCCGCGGCCAUCCGAAAUGAGAGUCAUGAAAUGGAAAUCAUUGUCUUGCCCUGCAGCUGUUCCGUUGACGACAGAGUAUUUCCCAACGCAAGCUCAAUUCAAUGUCGAAUACCAACGUCAGCCAUAUAAUAUUUCUCAAGAAAUAGAAGAUGAAAUUGCCGAGCAACCUAUCUCGCGUGUGGAGUUUUUAAGAGAGUUAGUUAGCACUCGGUUCUCGCACGGAUUUCAAGUCGUUACCGGCCCAUCUGUAGCUAAGGCAUUCGACCAAAAGGCCAUAAGAAUCGCGGAUGUGUUCUCUAUAGACAAAACUAUCGGCGACGGAACAAGUAUUUUCAUGAGUGUUGGUAACACGAUUCACCAACUAUCGUGUGUUAAUGGCACCGAAGUUGAAGUGAAUAUUUAUAUACGGAAACCAACCGAGCCAUUAACUCAGAUGGUGCAAUUGCCUUCAUAUAAACCAGCAAUACGUACUCUACUCGAUGAAACAUACCACAGUAUCGAUGUCGACAUCAUGACUCCUAAACCGGAACGUAAUUGGAACCAUAUAGAUUCAUAUCUUGCCGGGCAUACGGACGAGAUGACAGAGAACCUGCGGUUUUGGAGGGCUCGAUUUGUGCUCAUACCAAUGUAUCCUCGAACUUCCUCGGCUCCGGCGCCACGGAAUGGGGAUGAUGAGGAAGAAGUGCGGCUCGAGGGCAUUAAAAGACUAGCCCAACAUUGGCAACGGUAUCGAUUCUUACCUCCUUCUGAACGUCAGUUUCAAAGUGCCGGAGCGAGGAAACGUGACCCCAAUCCCCUCGACAUCACCUACAAAACCGAAGAUCCUUCGGUAGUGAUCGCUGCUGAGAUGGAAACGCUUCCAUUAUUUGAAAGCAUGGAGACUACGCACCGUAAAGGUUUGGUCUCAGAUAAAGAGCGUUUCUCCAAAACCAAUUUCAAUGUCUCUGCCCUGGCUGAAGCAAUUCAACAGCCGGUCGAACUCGGUGGGAUCCGAAUGCAAACGCGACGAUGGCAUUUCCGAAUUCAUUAUCAUUGUUUCAUAGGAUCGGACAUGACAACCUGGCUGCUUGACAACUUUGAAGACCUCGAUAGUCGGGAAGAGGCGGUCGAGUUAGGUAAUUCUUUAAUGGUUCUCGAGGAAGAUAGGAUGAAAGAUAAGGAUAAGGAUUAUACUAAAGACGCGAAGAAGGAUCGUGAUCGUGGUAUCUUUGUUCAUGUAGAGAGGCGACAUCACUUUCGCGACGGCCAAUUCUUUUAUCAAGUCGUUAGCGAUUAUGCGAAACCUCAUCCUGUUGGAUGGUUUAAUUCGAGAAGGAGAGAUGUUUCAAUUCCUUCUACACCCUUAUCAGAGAAUCCGCCAAAAGACUCACCCCGACCUAAUCAACCCGGGAUGCAGAAGCCGAUCUCUAUUCAUGAAGAGAAUUCGCCAAUAUCGGGCAGCACGACACCCACUUUGGCAACAAUUGGCGGGAGAAAGCCUAAGGUCGUCCUAAGUAAAAUGAUGAAGUAUGACGUUGAUCCUCGCAAAAGGUCAUAUCGCCCUGAGAGGAUUAACCUGCAUUAUGACCGGCUCCAUAAUCCUGACAAUUGUUAUCAUAUUCGCAUCGACUGGAUGAAUGUCACGGCGAAACUUAUCGAAGAUACACUCAAGACUUGGGCACUGACAGCAGCGCAGCAUGGCCUCCGACUUGUUGAGGUGCCUAUCGCAGAAGCUUGUCGUAUCACGGAGAUCAACCCAUUCCGAAGACCAUAUAGUAUUAAACUCGCACUACCGCCCCCUACUCAACAUCCAGUGACAUAUUAUGACCCUACUUCCUUCGGCCCACAAGCCCAGCCUGGGAAGCAUUACUACCAAAAGGCCCUUCUGAAGAAAUUCAAUUAUGUGCUCGACGUUGAGGCCGCCUCUAACUUCCCGAGCAACGUAGACAUCAGCUAUUCAUGGGGCAAGCCGGAUUUCAAAUAUUCCCAAUAUGUCCAUCGUUCGGGGGUUAUCUUGGCUGAGAUUACUGAUGAAGGUGAUUUUCUCAUUCUAGCCAAUAGGCUGUGCAGUAAUCGGGCAGCCGGUUUCCAGGCUACUCAACCACGCACUGAGGCGGUGCCCAACGAGCGCGUCUCACGGCUUAUGAAUACAAGCGGGUAUACUAACUAUGGCAUUGCUGAACCCACACCGAUAUCAUCACCAAUGUUUAGGCCCGUACUAUUUGCGUCUGCCGCGUCUCGAGCACCGCCCGAACCAUCACCUAGCGGUAGCGGCAGCACGAGCGGACCUCAACCUUGUCCACCAAGUCCCAAUGUUAAUGCUCUUGGUGAACCGGAAGCUCUCAAAGACGCACUAGAGAAAUUUUGUAGCGAUGCGAGCGCACUAGAACUAUUCUAUAAGGAGACGCUCGAGAAAGGCGCAACUGGAACACCUAUGGUCGGAGCAGCGCCGCCGGGACCCGAUUCCAUCCCGGAAGCUAACAUUCCUACCCUUAUUCUCGGAGGCAAUAGCAUUAGUUCAGAAUCGGGUCCUAGUCCCAGUCCCAGAAUUCCUACGCCCAACUUAGCUGGAUCAUUAUUAUUCAGGCGAGGAAGUAUUCAACAUUAGGCGAUUACAGCCCGAUGCAAGUAUAAACUUAUGAUGCUAGGUACCUAUUAUAUAUUAUUACUACCCUCAGAUUUUAUUCCCAAUCAAAAGCCCGCGUUUGCGGUAUAUGAAACAUAUUCUUUGAUUUACGUGCAUAUACCUACUAGGUACCUACCUACCUGAGACUUCUAGAAACAUUAGUCCUGAUCCCGCAUGUUGGUUAAGGACCAGGGUGGUCGAAAAGCUCUUUGUUGUCGUACAAGAGGGACGAAUUAUUAUCGUAAUGUCUCGGCUCGCGAAUUACACGGCGUAUUAAGACAUAUCUGGCGAGAUAUAGACCCCUGACCAAUUUCAGCUGCGGUCAUACUUUUACC